UAAAGAUAUGUACAAAAACAAUUUCGACCAAUCAACGUGCAUGCUAUCAACUAUUUUUCCGAGUGGCGACCAAAAGUAGGGACUUGGACAUGGUGUUUCUUGUGAUGUGAUGUGAAUAGAACAAUAAAGUGAGAUCAAUAAAUUAUAACAGAUUUGUGUAUCAGUGAUUAGCUUUGUUGCUAAUAGCGCCCGGACAAAUUGUGUAUGAUGCGGUAGCAACGAACAUUGACUGUCUUCCGUAUUCAUGUGGGUGAAAAUCUCCCGAGUUUAAUACUUUUCCUAAGUUCAGUUUUAUAAUAGCCAUUUACACAUGGCGAGGAGUCACGUACACACAAAUCAGUGAAAUGUACCUAUCAGAUUGACGGCAUUGCACAGAAUUCAAUUAUAUUUUGAGAAAUAAACGCUUCCAGAGAUGGAUCUAAAGAAUAUACAGAAAAAUGCCAUGCAAAAGAGCGUGGAGUUUACUUUCACGCCUCCGCCUGAAGCGCCCGUAUUCGAACCCACGGCCGAGGAGUUCGCGGACCCGCUCGGCUACAUCGCCAAGAUACGGCCCGUCGCCGAGAAAACAGGAAUAUGCAAGAUAAAGCCACCAGCGCGAUGGCAACCGCCCUUUUCUUUAGAUGUCGACAAAUUAAAAUUUGUACCACGGAUACAAAAAGUCAAUGAAUUAGAAGCCAUUACGCGUCUGAAACUUUUGUUCCUAGAGAAAAUUCUCAAAUUCUGGGAGCUUCAGGGAUCGCCACUUAAAAUUCCGAAUAUAGAGAAUAAAACAUUGGAUUUGUUUUGCCUAAAGUUUUGGGUAGAUGAAGAAGGUGGAUUUGAAAAUUGUAAUUCACCUAAAAAAUGGCGUAAGAUUGCAAAUGCAAUGGGGUACAGUCAAAAUGCGCAAACAAUGAAUUUUCUCCGAAAUAAUUAUGAGAAGAUACUCUUGCCAUUCGAUAUUUUCGAAAAAAGUAAAGCAGAUAUAUUGAAAAAUGUAAAAAAGACUGAACCUAAGCUUGAAAUAAAGGAAGAUGAUAAUAAUAUCAAAUGUGAAUUCAAAGAAAUUGCAAUAGAAACCAUUACCAGUGUAAAAGAUGAAGAGAUAAAAGAAGAAAAACCUCACUCAAAUAUAAAGAAAACCAAGACUGGCUCUGACAUCCACAUGGAUGCAGAUUCUUCCAAACCUAAGCCUGAAAAGGAGGAAGACAAGCGUAAUAGAGAACUCAGACGGCUAGCCACAUAUGGCCCAGGACCAAAAAUGCCAGGUCUAAAUGAUGAAGAGUUUGACAUAACGAAGUCCAGAAAAAGACCCAGGUAUGAUUUAGACCCUUUAGCAGUAUACACCUGUGCCAUAUGCCAAAAAGACCACCGUGAUGAUCUCUUACUUAUCUGUAAUGGCUGUUCAGACACCUACCACACAUUCUGUCUGAAGCCUCCACUUACUACUGUACCUGAUGGUGACUGGAGAUGUCCAUGUUGUAUAGCCCAGGAGGUGCACAAACCAGCUGAAGCAUUUGGCUUUGCACAAGCUGAAAGAGAGUACACAUUACAACAAUUUGGGGAAAUGGCAGAUAAGUUUAAGUCUGACUAUUUUGGCAUGUCUGGUCAUUUGGUGCCAACCAGUGUUGCAGAAAAAGAGUUCUGGAGGAUAAUAUCAUCAGUGGAAGAAGAUGUGACUGUAGAGUAUGGAGCAGACCUUCACUCUAUGGACCAUGGUUCAGGGUUCCCUACAAAGUCUUCACUUAACCUAUUUCCAGGAGACCAGGAAUAUGUUGAUUCUGGCUGGAACUUAAAUAACCUCCCAGUGUUAGAAGGUUCAGUGUUACGGUUCAUCAAUGCUGAUAUUUCUGGGAUGACUGUACCAUGGAUGUAUGUGGGCAUGUGCUUUUCAGCUUUCUGUUGGCACAAUGAGGACCACUGGAGUUAUUCUAUCAAUUAUCUGCAUUGGGGUGAGGCUAAGACUUGGUAUGGAGUUCCGGGCAGUGGGGCAGAGUUACUAGAGAAUGCCAUGAAAGCUGCAGCUCCUGAUCUUUUCAAAUCCCAGCCAGACUUGCUGCAUCAGUUAGUCACUAUAAUGAAUCCUAACAUAUUGAUGGUAGCCGGAGUGCCAAUUUAUAGAACAGAUCAGCAUGCUGGGGAAUUUGUAGUGACCUUCCCAAGAGCAUAUCACACAGGAUUCAAUCAGGGAUAUAACUUUGCAGAGGCUGUCAAUUUUGCCCCACCUGACUGGCUCAAGAUUGGACGUGAUUGCAUUAGUCAUUAUAAGAAUUUAAAGAGGUUCUGUGUUUUUUCUCAUGAUGAGUUGAUCUGCAAAAUGGCACUGGAAGGAGACCGAUUAGAUCUGGAGACCGCACUAGAAACACAGAAAGAGCUUGUCAAUGCAACAGAAGAGGAAGGCAAAUACAGGGCACUGAUGGCCAAAAAAGGAUUGAAAAAUGUGAGGAGAACUGCAUUUGAGCUGCUUGGUGAUGAUGAGAGGUUGUGUGAAGUAUGUAAGACCACUUGCUUCCUAUCUUCAGUUUCUUGUCUGGUGUGCAAUCACAUGGCAUGCCUUCAACAUGCAGAUGAAUUCUGCCAAUGCCCUUGGGAUAAGAAGUCACUGAAUUACCGUUAUGAUAUGGAUGAACUGCAUAUUAUGCUGCAAACUAUUGAUUUUCGAGUAAACAGUUUUGACAAAUGGAUGACAGACACAAAGAAUAUUCUUCUGCCCACCGCCCCAGAUAUUGGUAGAUCCCAAAAACUGAAAUCAUUGGUGGAUGAGGCAGAUGAGUUGAAAAUACCAAAGUGCUCAUUGUUAACUCAACUAAAGGAUGAGUAUAUUAAAUCCACUGAGAAUGUGGAACCAAUAGUUAUAGAGCUGGAUGAUGACUGAAUAGUGUGGCGAUGUUCUAGUACAAAUGACAGUCUUAAUAUAGUAUUAUAGUGAUUAAGAUUUAUUAUAAUUCAGAAGCUUAUUUAUAUUGUUGU